GGCGGGGAGAAGGGCAGGCGAGUCAGAGGCAAGUUAAGAGGGGCCCGGAUACUUCCGUUGUUUAAACUUGAAUGCUGGAAAAUGGUCUGAGGAGCAAUAAACGAUCUGAUCCUUUUUCUCCCCCCUCUAGAAAUCCACUGCGGUAUUAAUCCAAGGAGGUGCUUUGGGGACAGUUGGCAGGACAAUGGCUUCUCAGUACCUCAUAGUGGCUCUGGCCAUUUUCUCCUCUUUUACCCAGGUUGUAAUAGAAGCCAGCUCGUGGUGGUCUUUAGGGAUGAACCCUAUGAAUCCCAUGAACCCUGUUCAGAUGUCAGAGGUAUAUAUAAUAGGAGCCCAGCCACUAUGUAGCCAACUAGCAGGGCUUUCCCAAGGACAGAAGAAACUCUGCCAAUUGUAUCAGGACCAUAUGCAGUUCAUUGGAGAGGGUGCAAAGACGGGCAUUAAGGAGUGCCAGUAUCAGUUCAGACAUAGAAGAUGGAAUUGCAGCACUGUGGACAACAACUCUGUUUUUGGCAGAGUCAUGCAGAUAG